AUGGACCUGUUUGCUGAUACGGCAGAUGCGCCGGAUGAGCAGUUUUCGAUCAACCAGUCAUAUGCGGAGCGUUACCAUCAUAACAAACGCCGGGUUGAGCUUGAGCAACUUAAAGAAAAGUACGGUAAUGCUCCGGAGGAAGACGAAGACGACUCGAAAGACGACUCAGAGGAUGUCACCGAGGACGAGGACGGAGAACAGCUGACUCCCCACAUGGAUGCUGCAAUAUUGCGUACACUCCAGCGAAUUCGCGAAAAGAAGGACGAUCUUUAUGACACGAGCAAGCAUCACAAGAGCUCCAGUAAGAAGGUGACGCUGCGUGACUACCAACGGGGCCGCAUGCUCGAGGCCAUGAAAGAUACCAGCGACCCAGCCAAGGCCUUCGCCGACGCCACUUCGCGCGAGUCGCCGUCUGACACGCACGCGCAGCCUACGCACAAUGAAGAGCAAGAGGCGAUUCGCUCCGAGUUCCUCAACGCGGCACGAAACAGCGAAGAUGGGGAUGGAGACGACCUAUUCCAAGUGCGCGCGGUUGACGACAACGACGACAACGGAAUGUACCGUCAGGCUCUGUUGGAUGCUGUGGACGAGCAGAAUGGUGAGAAGAAUAUACGUGACCUUCUCCGUGAUCACACCCACGGUGACGCACGCACACAGGAAAACGAGGAUUUCCUGAUGAACUAUAUUCUCAACCGCGGCUGGGUGGACAAUGACUUCAUACAAAGCAACAGUCAAGGCGCCCAGUCACGCGACUGGGACGCAGAGGCAGCCGAUCUUGACUCAGAGGCUUCGUUUGACUCUGCUGCCGAUGCGUUCGAGCACGCUUACAACUUUCGUUUCGAAGACCCGUCGCUGGCCCAGAAGGCCUUUGCGAUUGAGAGUUUCCCUCGUCACACAGAUGACACGAUUCGCCGCAAGGACGAUCGUCGUAAGAAGGCUCGUGCUGAACGUGCUGAGCGCAAAAAGGCUGAGAAAGAGACCAAGAUGCGCGAAUUAGAUCAACUCAAGGCUCUUAAGCGCCAGGAAAUUGCCGAUAAGCUGAAACGUCUGCGUGAUGUCUCAGGAGGAGACAACAAGAUGGACGGCCGUGCUUUCGAAGGAAUUGAUUUUGAGACUGACUUUGAUCCGGAGGAGCACGAUCGCAUGAUGCAGCAGCAGUUUAACGACGAUUACUAUGCCCAUGAAGAUGAUACAGUGAAGCCACAGUGGGACGACGACAUUGAAAUUGAUGAUAUCCUUGCCGAGGCGGAGCCAACGACUAAGAGCAAGAAGAGUAGCAAGAAAAGCAAGCACAGUGAGCAACAGAAUAUGGAUGCUGAUUAUACCGAAGGACAAGAUGUGAAGCUUUCAAAGAAGGAGCGUAAGGCACUCAAGAAGAAGGAGAAGAAGGCCAAGAGCAAAUCCACGGCCGAAGCAGCUGUGAAUGAAGAUGAGAUGGAUGCUGACAAGACGGAGACCGCUAUGUCCGAAUCUGAUCGCAAGCACCGCGCGCGCGAGCUGAUGGAUCAGUAUUACAAUCUGGGGUAUGAAGAUAUGAUCGGCGAUACACCGACCCGGUUUAAGUAUGCAUCAGUGCCUAAGGAAAACUAUGGGCUGAGUGCCGUUGAAAUCCUCUUGGCUGAUGACGCCGACCUCAAUAAUGUCGUGGGUCUGCGCAACCUGCAACCCUACCGCCGAAACACCGCUAAACCAUCUAAUCUGAAGAAGCGACUGAAGCGGUUCCGUGAUGAGCUCGACGCACGCAAUGCCAAUGAAGAACCAGCCGAGCAACCCAAGAAGAAGCGAUUGGGUAGGAAGGAACGGCAAAAAUUGAAGGCUACACAGGAAGGAACGGAGUCUACUUGA